CGAUACGCAUGUACAAUGAAUAAAGCAUGUUGAGUACGGCAGCUAGGCGGAAAUUUGCGUCCGUACAGUUGCGCAGGCGCUGAGCAGUGCUGCCUCUGCGGCUCGCCAAAUCACUCUGUGUUCGACCGCGAAACUGCGCGCGCGCCUCAAUGCCUUAAAAUAAUACGGCCUUAUCGCUAGUGCUUUUACAAGAUUGAUAAGAUUGUUACAUCAUUGUGUGAUAAGAAACAUUCAAGUCCGAUACGGCUCGCGGGCGGACAGUACAUGGAAAUGCUUAGGCUGAUGUGUAAUUAAGUUUGAAGACAACAUACUACAUUGUUGGUAGCACCAGCGUUAUUGUGCUAGAAAUUGUCGAAUGUCGCGACACGCACUAUGGGGACGACGAAAAGGCUGAAGAUUACUGUCGUGGGCGACGGUAUGGUCGGCAAAACCUGCUUGCUGUAUGUCUAUACAAAAAACGAGUUCCCAGAAGAAUAUGUGCCUACAGUGUUUGACAACUACGUGGACCGCAAAGUGGUGGAUGGCGAGGAGGUGGAAAUGGCGCUGUGGGACACGGCUGGCCAGGAGGACUACGAGAGGCUGAGGCCUUUGUCUUACAGCAACACGCAUUGUUUCCUGGUGUGCUACUCCGUCAGCAGCCGUUCGUCCUACGAGAACGUGAUCCACAAGUGGUAUCCAGAGCUCAAGCACUUCAGCGAGUCCGUGCCUAUAGUUUUAGUAGCUACCAAAAUCGAUCUUCGAGGAACAGACAAGGCUGUCAUUACUACUCAAGAAGGGAAAAAAUUAAAGAAAAAAAUUAGGGCUGCCCAACUAGUGGAGUGUUCGGCACUGGAGCGCGUCAACAUGGAUCUCGUGUUCGAGGAGGCGGUGCGCGCGGCCCUGCGCAAGAAGCCCGUGCGUGCGCGAGCUUGCAACUACCUCUGACCGCCCGCCAGCCCUGGAGCCCAGCAUUCACACGCAAUCCAGUACCUAGUUUUAGUCGCUGGCGACAAAUCCGGAUUAUCUCCGAGCGACAAAUCCCUGACACCGAAAUUGUAACAUCAAAACACGAGUCGAGAGACAAUAGCAACUCAUGCAUAAAUCUGCGCGUGGAAUUAGUCGCACAAUUUUUCAGUAUUAUAAAGGCUCAAUUUUACACUAUAUACACUUAUGGCAAUUAUAGUAUUUGUACGUCCAGGGCUCGAUAAUCCACAAAAGUGAAUAUGUAUGCAGUGUAUGUGCUGUGACACGUGAAAGGUAAAAGUAAAUAGUAUUAGUAAAUUAUAUGCUGGGCCCUUAUUGACAUUUUUUAAAAUUUGUGUGCAUGAUUUGGCUACGGCUAAAUAGACACAAGAUGUCGUGAGAAGCGUCGUACUGUAUACCGCGGGCCUCGAAUCACAACGCGCCAUAUCUUCGUUUUGAAACUAUUGACAUAUUAUGGCUUCUCUACACGAAUGGCC